AAUAUACCAACAACUUCUUUCAUUUUACAAAAUGGAUGUUUCAACCCCACAAUCAUCAGAAACUGAAACCUAUUUGAAUGUAUUGAGAUCACAUAAUCUAAAUACGACUCCUAAAGUACCCUCAUUGCUUAAUGAAUCCACUCACACACCUGGUGGUGUAUAA